AAAAAAAUUAAAAAUCCGGGUGGCCCGGCCUGGCCCGGUCUGGCCCGGAACCGGACCCGGAACUGCCCACCACCGGUUCGGGCUCGGGCCUCAUUUUUCUGAAUCGAGGCCCGGCCGGGCCCAGGCCCGAACCGGGCCCGAACCGGAACCAGUCCACCUCUAGGUUUGGGCAGUCCGGUGGAGUUGGGGGUAAAAUUUCCUACACGUUUUCUCUCAUACUUAUAUUCUCAAAUUCUCUCUAUUCUCAUUUUAUUAAUAAAUUUAGAAACAUGGAGUUUUGACUCAAUUGCGGCCGUCUCCCUAGAGCUUAAGGUUUGAUUCUUGCGUAGUUUGCGCCUUUUCUUCGAGGAGUUGGCUUCGGCAGAUUCCUUCGUUUUUGUUUGCUUUGCAGGAUAGUUUGGGUUUGGAUUCAGGGUGCCAGUGGGAGAUCGCCGCAAAGCACCGAGAGGGAGGAUUGGGCUCGGUGAUGUUUUGCCGUGUGAUGAGACGAAGGCCUAUUCAGCCUUGUUUUCGGAUGAGAUCUGUCAUCCGCUUCAGUGAAGCGGGAAGGCAGAUGGAGGCUUCAAACAGCUGGGCAACGAAGGAUAAAGCAGCUGGUGGCAAUUUUGCUAUACGAGCGGGACAAGGAGGAAUGAAGGGGCUUCGUGUAUUCCAGAUUUUGAUCGUCAAUGGAGAAUCAAUUGGUGUGGUACCGAUGGUACGACCCCCUUCAGAACCACCGCCAAGGGUUGAUCGACGCGAUUUGGAGUUUGCUUAUUUAUCUUUUCUGCAUUUUAAUUUUCAGGUGAAGACGUUUGUGUUGUGUUGUUAUUUUAUUUUAUGUUGUAAGACUCUUGCAUUAGGUUUGGGGAAUGAGAGGUCUACGGUAAUCAUCAUUGGCUGUAUGUUGCCCAAUUUAGGUCUAGUGAGUUAUAUUGAUUUGCCAAAGGUGAUUAACUCAGAGUCUCAGCCAAGGGCGGAUGGUUACAUGUGGUUCUUUUGUUAUCAUGUACCCCUGCUGAAUGCUAUUUUAUUAAUCUAAAGCCAUUUUGACGAUAAAAAAAAAAAUUCUCUCUA